GGGUAUCCCCGUCAGUUUGAAUCGAGUCAUGAGUAUUGUCUUGCAGUGCGCGUAAUGUACGUCUUCUGUCAUUCGGUAAAAUUUCAGCGUGUUUUGUUUGUGUGAAAAAAUUAUAGUAAUGAUGUGCACGAUGAAUGGAAAAUUGGGAGGGUCAGAAGACGACUCCAUUUCAAAGUCUUCACCAAGCACAGAAAUGGUUAAUCCAUUUGUUCAUCAUUUGGAGUUAACUACAACUUACGAAAAAAUUAAAGCAGGAAUCCUGACAGUGCUAGUGCUUCCAUUGCGCCUCCUGAUAAUAAUGGGUUUGCUGAUUGGUGCCUGGCUGUUGGCGUGCGUUGGUCUCUACGGACUCUCAGAGGACGAACUCAGGAGGAAGCCGCUCACUGGAUGGAGGCUAAAGCUGCGCGAAAUAAUCACAGUGCUGGGACGCGGCACGUACUACGCAGGCGGCAUGCGGUACACAGUGAAAGGGCGGCAGGCGUCGCGUAGUGAGGCACCCAUCCUGGUGAUAGCGCCGCACUCCACCUUCCUCGACGCGGGCAUCGUCUAUGUGUGUGGCUUCCCCUCCAUCAUAGUGCGGCGUGAGAGUGGACUCAACCCCUUUCUCGGCAAGCUCAUAAAUUUCACACAGCCAGUGUACGUCUGGAGGGAUGAUCCAAAUUCAAGACAAAAAACUAUACAAGAGAUAAUAGACAGAGCCAAAUCGAACGAGAAUUGGUCGCAGGUACUGAUUUUCCCAGAAGGUACAUGCACCAACAGAUCGUGUCUGAUUACCUUCAAGCCAGGCGCAUUUUAUCCAGGGGUGCCGGUCCAACCUGUUUUACUGCGUUAUCCCAACAAGCUAGACACAGUCACAUGGACCUGGGAAGGACCAGGAGUGUGGAAAUUGAUGUGGCUUACACUUGUGCAACCACAGAGCAAUUGCGAAAUUGAGUUCCUGCCUGUCUAUCAUCCAAACGAAGACGAAAAGAAGGAUCCUAAACUCUAUGCUCAAAACGUUCGACGGUUGAUGGCUAGGGCCCUCGGAGUACCUUGCUUGGACUACACCUAUGAUGAUUGUCAAUUAGCAGCAAAAGCCAAAGCACUCGGAUUGGACCAAAAUUCUCAACUUAUGCAGACACACAAGUACAGAAUACGUUUGGGAUUAACACGGAGACGAGUCGAAGAGUAUCUAGUCGCCACCAAUAACAACAGUUUGUCGGCCGAGGGAACAAAAUGGCUGAACCUGGAGGAGUUCUCAACUUUUUUGGAAGUCCCACCUCACGAGCCAGCCGUCCGACAACUGUUCAAUGUAUUUAUUAAGGGAGAUGGAGAACGAAUAAAUUCGAGAGAAUACCUUCUAACAGCACUCAUUAUAUCAAAAGCGUGCAGUAAAGAGGAUAUGUUCCAUAUAGCGUUCCAGUUGUGUGGGGACAAGGACGAACAUCUCAACAAGGAAGAUUUCAAAUUUGUGAUGAGAUUAUUCUGCCGAUUGCCAAACGAGGAAUUGGACAGGUGGUUUAAAUCAAUAGAUGCACAGGAGUGCGGCAGAAUAUCUUACUAUGAUUUAGAAGAAUACACAGCGGGCAGGUUUGGGGAUAUCCUCGGCUGUACAGUCAAUCCUUUCACAGACAGAUUAUCAAACCACGACAAAAGAGAUUGAUGAAUAAACAACUGAUAAAUAAUUAUUGUACAAAUAAAUAAGUUGUUAUGUAUUUCAAAACCGUCCCUUUUAUACAGAAGUGAUCUGCUCAGUGUAUAUUAUAAUAGUUGUAAUUUAAAUAGCUAUUUAUGUCUGUGUUAUUAAGCUUUUAUUAUAUAAAUAAAUAAUUUAGAAUAUAAUAAUUAAUAUUAUUUCCUACUUUCAUUUCGGUUCUAAGUUCCACUAAGCCACCAAAAACAAUGAUAAUAGUUUCUUUACGAACGUAACUAAAUUUAAUAAUUAUUCAAAUUUUGUAAAAACUAUUCAAUUAAAUUAAACUAGAUUAAGGUUGCGAGUGAAUUUUUAUAAUAAAAUUCUGGAAAGGCAACGUUCAAGAUCCAAAGUUACAAUUUAAUAGAUCCAUGAUUGUGAAAAGUUGAUGAAUUUUUUCAAUGAUUUUCUCACUUAUAGUAGCGUAAAAUAUUGUAAAAGUAAUGAGUCAAAUAAUAUUAAUAGACUAUGAAGGCUAAGAUUCAUUGUAAUUAAUGGAUGUGAAAUUAAAUUCAAAUACCGUACUUGAUUUGGCCAAUAGUGACAUUGCUGAUCUUCUACACAUUAAGGAGUAGGUAGCCUAUUAUACUUAUUUCUUAUACUCACUCACUUGAUUGUUAAUCAAGUCGCUUAGAAAGGUUACAUUCAAAGUUGAAAUGUUUGAGAUGAGUCAAUUCACUAAUAAAGUUUGAUUAAAAACAUUGAAAAAUAUGGUCCACUAUUGACUAAAGUGUUAGAUGAAAAUUAUCUUUAUUUCUUGAAGUUGAUGAGAAGAACUUUAUAGUAUCAAUACCCCACUUUCCCAUGUCAUCUAGUCUCUAGCAAAAGAGAAUACUAGUUUGGUUUAUCAGAUAGACUACUACUAAAAGUUGAACAGUAUUUGUAAAAAACUUUAUUUACUGAACGAGUGCAUAUUUAUUGAUUUUGUCAUUAGUGCCACAUAGUAAGAAGAUCUACUCUAUUCUCACUUUGUGCAACUACUAAGAUAUAAUUGAGUUCGGGAGAUUACUACUCAAAACUCUACCUGUAUAAAAUCUUUUAUUUAAUAAAUAACACUUCUAGAACUAUUGUCUGUUUAAAUUAUUGUUAUAUGAAGUUUAUCGAUAUGUUAAUGUUAUGAAAUAAUAAAAUUUGAUAAUAAAUGUUAAUUAAUUAAUUUUGCAACCUGUUUUCAGAAAUAGAGCUUGAUAAGAUGAUACCUGUAAUUACAGAGACCAGAGGUUUUAAAAUCACAAGCUAUUAUUAUAAAUAAAACCAUGACUUUAUUAUCGACUAUUAUUCGGUAGGAAAUGCGUUUUUAGACUAACUGGCUUUCAAAAUGCAUUGCCCUUGCAGUGAACACCCACUGCUCCAGAGUGCAGUACAAUCAACUUCAAGA